GGGAAAUAUACUGAUCUGGCCACAUGCAGCCGAGGGCCGCGACGUCCGUUGCCGCCAUGAGCGCCGCCGCAGAAAGGCGGAAGAUCAACAACCUGUCGUUUAUCAACGAAGGUGAAGUGAAGGAACCCAAGCAUUACGUGGGAAAAGGCCAAACGCCGCGUACCGCACGCCUCAACGACGAAGCGAUCAUCGAAGUCGCGGAAUUCAAUGAGACGAUCACCCCACAAACCCCACGCUUGCUUAAUCCCAUACGUCCAUCGAACAACAACACCGGUGGUGUCCGGAUCAGUAAUCUCUUCAAUUCACAGCGCGCGUCGCGCGUGUCCAUGAUCUUACAGUCCCCGGCCGUUCAUCAGCGCAUGUCGAUGGUCCAACCUUCGUACGACGGUAUCUUGUCAGAAAGCGCGCAAACGCCAGUAUUGGGCGACGAAAAGCCCAGUUCCAUGUACUCAUUCGAUUCGAGCGCGUCUGCCACAGACACGCGACGGUACGGCGCCCCGUCCAACAUCCUCGGCAGCAUGCGCGAGUUCGACACAGCCCGGGGCGUGAAACCGGCGAUUGCCAAGCUGCAUGCGCUGCGCGAUCUGCUUCACGGCAUCACCGACGUCCAUGGGCACAUCGACCGCGCCACGUUCUCCCACACGUUCGACAUCGCGGACCCGUCGGCGUUCGUGAGCACGUCCAACAGCGACCAGAUCAACGCCAAGGCACUGCUCGUGGACACGUGUGUGGAACUGGAUAUUGACGACGAAGAGAAGCUCGCGUUCAUCUUCGACACGAUCGACCAAGAGAAGCGCAUGGUCGUCACGUCGGCGCAGAUCGCCGACUUGCUUGCAGCCAACUUUGCAUCGUUCAAGCUCCAAGCCGUGGGCACGAGCUUCAAGGAUAUGGCCGACGCGCUCUUUAUAAAGAGUCGCAUCGCGAACGAUCAAAUGACGUACGCCGCGUUUCGCCAAGUGUUUGGGCCGUUCUUGUACAACGACCAGAACGACGACGACAUGGACGAUGACAUGGACGACAUGCCGGUGCUCACAGAGCCAUCCGUUGGUCCUGGCACGUCCAACGCAUCCAAGCUCGCUGUGUUCUACGAUCGCCACCACCUGCGCAUCUUGUGGCUGCUACUGUACACCCUCGUCAACACGAUCGUGUUCCUCAUGAAGUGGCAAAUGUACCCCGUGGACCCUGCGUUGGGCUACGGGCUCAAGAUUGCGCGGGCGUGCGCACAAGUGUGCAUGCUGAACUUUGGCAUUGUGUUGCUGCCCAUGUGUCGGUCGAUUGUCCAGCUCAUGAAGCGCAGCACGAUGCUGUGGCACAUGGUGCCAUUCGACGACCACAUCGAGUUCCAUAAGAUCGUCGGGUCGACGCUGCUUGUGGCGGGGCUCGUCCACACGGCCGCGCACGUGAGCAACGAGAUCCAACUGUACUGCGUCGCCACCCCAGACGAAAUCAGUGCGUCCAUCUUCGUCACGCGCGACGUGCGAAUGUUCGACGGCGGCACCGCGCCGCCGUUCUUGGAGAUGGUGCUGUCGCUGCCCGUGUGGACCGGGGUGAUCCUGCUCUUGAUCACGUGCGUGUCGUUUCCCCUUGCGGCCAUUCCCAAGUUCCGCCAAGGCAAGUUCAACCUUUUUUGGUACAGCCACAUGCUGUUCUUCCCUUUCUUGCUCGUGGGGUGUCUGCAUGGGUUGGCGGGGUGGCUCGCGACGCCGUCGUCGUUCUACUGGAUUGGUCCGCCACUCACAUUGUACUUGGUGGAGCGCCGCCUCCGAUAUGCCAAGAUGUUUACGACGCCGCUGCACAUUGUCCGCGCGCGCAUGCUGGACGGCGUGGUCGCGCUGUACAUUGAGAAGCCCAAGCGAUUCCAUUACCGCCCGGGGAUGUACUUGUACUUGAACGUCCCAGCCUUGUCGAGCCAUGAAUGGCAUCCGUUUACAAUCUCGUCGGCGCCGGGGGAUCAGUACCUGAGCGUGCACAUCCGAAAUGCCGGCGACUGGACCAACGCGCUGCAUGACUUGAUCAAGGACGUGCUCAAGCACGGGGACGCGUACCCCCAAGUGUACAUUGACGGCCCGGUGGGGGCCCCCACGCAGGACUACCAUCGGUUCAAGACAAUCGUCAUGGUCGGCGGCGGAAUUGGUGUGACACCGUUUGCGUCGAUUUUGAAAGACAUUGUACACCUGUGGGAAGAGUAUCGGUGCCUCAACUGCGCGCACAUUCGACACCCGCAGUCGUUCCGCAUCCAAAAGAUGUACUUUCACUGGGUCACACGGGGCCAAGAGUCACUCGGAUGGUUCCAGGACACGAUGAACCAGAUCGCAGACAUGGACAAGGACAACGUGAUCGAGUGCCACCAGUACCUGAGCACGGUCAACACUACUGACAAGACCCUUCCCCAGCUCAAGAUGAUCCAGGCCGUGGUGCAUGACGCUACGGGCCGCGACGUCGUGUCCGGCCUCAUCAACGCCAAGCAGAUGACCCACUUCGGAAGACCGAACUGGGACGCUGUGUUUCACAAUCUCACGCGGAAGCACCGCGGCGAAGAAGUCGGCGUGUUCUUCUGCGGUCCCCACGCACUGGACAAGGUCCUCCUCGACAUGUGUCGCAAGUACUCGUCCGACCCUGACACGGGCGGAGUGUACUUUGACUACCAUUCGGAAAAGUUUGCAUGACCAAAAGUUGUAAUUUAUUCUCACGAGAUGUGUUGGUAUGGUUGUUGGAAGGGUACUUACUGUACGUACUAUGUAUUAAUACAGUACUCGUAGUACUGAUGAUCUUGAUGCCCUGCGAUACA